AUGCCCAACUACCCAUCUCUCCUCUUCCUCCUUACCAUACUCGCCAUCAUCAACCCCAUAAGAAUCAGCUCAGCUUCAGCACAACCUCCGACCACCACCACUCCCUCAGCACCACCUCCGUCUCAGCCGCCUCCAUUGCCAACACCCCCACCAUCUCCUUCACCAGCUCCCCCCUUUCCAUUCCCAACACCGCCACUGCCACCACCACCGCCACCACCACAGCCACCACCAUCUCUUCCACCACCAACACCUCAUCCGCUGCCGCUCCAACAAGUGAACAACAUAAUCGACGCACUGAUUGGAGCAGGGGACUUCACGAAUUGGGCGAACAUCAUCUCAAUGAUCAACCCGGUAACUCUCCCAAUGAGCGCGACCCUCUUCAUCCCUCAGGGGGAGUCCCUGAACCGCACUCCCAACAUGGACCCCUUCCUCGUACCCUACCACAUAGUCCCUCAGCGUCUCUCUUUCUCCGACCUUCGGCUCCUCAACACCAACACCCGCCUCCCUACUCUCCUACCGGGAAAGUCCAUCCUCAUCACCAACACCUCUGCCUCCAACUUCACCCUCGACGACUCUCCAAUCACCCAACCAGACGUCUACAGCACCACUGCCUUGGCAGUACACGCCAUUGCAUUCCUUCUUGACUACGCUCUUUACGGCGAUGGAUUUCCGCAACCGGAGGUGGUUACACCCGCGCCGGCAUCACCCUUGGCGCCAGGACCACCAAUCACUUUCUCAUCAUCAAAUGCUGCGCGCUUGUGUACCGAGUUUCCAUAUCUUCUCUUGAUUGUUUGUGCGCUUCUUUCGACAUUCAAGACGAGCCAGAGUCAAAGCCUUAGAUGA